AUGUCCAACUCCGGGGAAAACAUGCCUAAAUCUGAGCAAAACAUCCCCAAGCCUGAGGAAAACAUGCCUAACACGGAGGACAACACGUUCAACCCUGAUGACCUCGUGCCCAAAUCUGGUGAGACCCUCUUCGUGUGCAAAAUGAUUGGGAACGCCAUCAUCCACGUCGAAAUCGCGGGGCGCAGUAUCGAGCAGCUGAACUGGGACAUGUGUCAACAACAGCUUUCGCGAAUCGUUGGGGACUGCCGUCGGAAAAAUCCCGAUGCCCCACGUCUGUUUGCCUUCAUGCACUGCGAUCGCUGGCUGCGGAUCUAUGUCGAGUCCAGUCCCGAGCAACUCGCCCGCGUGCCGUCCUGUCAUAUCCAAGGGUUUGGGCUGCUUCAUCCAGAUGGGCAGACCACCAAAUUCACAAUUGACUGUAUUUCGGACCGGAAGCAGAUUGAUUCGUUUGUGCUAGAGAUACUUAUGCCGAAACUGGGGUUGUCGGUGCUCUCAAUGCCAUUUAUGGGCCGCCAGGUAACAUGGGAAUGUCGCUGCCAAGCUUGCCUCGAAUCGCCCCCCUCUGUUAAAAUUCCCGGACGUGGGGCGACUGGGGAGGAAUAA